AUGGGAAAUGGACCUUCAUAUGAGCAAGAAGAGCAUCAGAGCUCGACGUAUUUAGUAUCCAACGAAUCACGACGAAAGAGUGCCUUAAAUAACAGCAACGUCAUGACGCAAUCAAGCACAAGUCAAGAACAAAAAGCCCCGUCUCAGCAGAAACGUCCAUCCCAAGAACAGCUUGCUAAAUCUCUUUCUCCAUCACAUUUAACAGCUUCAACACCAACAGAAGAUCAAAUUAUCUCCAAUUGGAAAUUAUUUAAUGAUCUAGAGAAUCGAGAAGAGGCUGAAGUGCUGGAGCUGUCAUUGUUUUUGGAUGCUUUGGUCAACUACAUUCCUGGUCUAGAUGAAGAAAAACAAAAGGAGACACUAGCGUUUCAUCCCGUCUCUCAACAGAAAGUGGGUAAUAUUGACAUUGCCAACAUGUACGUGCAAGGAGACGAACUGGACGAGAUUAUAACGCUUACGAACGUGGAAAACCUCAUUGACUCGUGUCGUAAUGGACGAAAGAUUCCACGAAAUGUUAUUGUGCGUGUGCUGACUGAAGCUACAAACCUGUUGCAGAAGAAUUCAACGAUGGUGAAGUUUAGAAUUGCACCUGCUAAACACAUUACCAUCGUUGGUGACUUGCACGGGCAGCUGGAUGAUCUCUUACUGAUUCUUCGUGAGAACGGUCUGCCGUCUGAGUCUAACCCGUACUUGUUUAACGGAGACUUUGUGGACCGUGGUGACCGUGGCGUGGAGAUUGUCAUUAUCAUUUACUUGUUUAAGCUUUUGUACCCGAGACAUGUCCUCUUGAACCGUGGUAACCACGAAGAGAACUCGAUCACACAAGUGUUUGGAUUCAUGAAAGAAUGCGAAGUCAAGUACGACCGAUAUGUAUAUGAUCUGUUCUGCGACAGCUUUCGCUACCUGCCCCUUGCCACGCUUAUCGAUGACCGUGUGCUCGUCGUGCACGGCGGUGUGCCCCGCGAGAACGUUUUGAUCAAGGAAUUUAACAUGCUUGAGCGAUCUGGCUACGAUCUUACGCGAUACCGUACGAAACCUAAGAGCCGCAAGGACCGCGAACCGCACCGAAAGAUGCAACUCAUGCGAGACUUGCUCUGGAGCGACCCAAAGACUACCAAAGGCUACAAAGAAAAUAAACGUGGUGCUGGUAUAAUAUACGGUCCGGACGUUGUACAGAAAUUCAUGACCAAGAAUAAGCUGGCUCUUGUGGUUCGCUCACAUGAGUGCGUUCCACAAGGUUUCGACUGGCCGUACAGAGAAAAAGGUAUGCUAGUUACACUGUUCUCGGCAUCCAACUAUUGUGGUAAGGCAAAUAAUCUUGGCUGCUUUAUGCGCAUCCCUUCGGGUAUGGAGAAACCUGCUUUCUUUCAGUUCAUGGCCAGCGCUGAGAGUCGUGAUAUGGCGAUAUCCAAUUUGGAUGCAUUAUUCUCGCUCAUUGUGCAAUAUCGGUCUGAUUUGGUCGAGGAGUUCAAGCAUUUUGAUAAGGAAAAAUCAGGUAAGCUGACGGUUCAGACGUGGGGUACCAUUAUGGAAGAUGUACUGGAUCUGUCCUUGGACUGGAGGGCUCUUCAGCCCUUGUUGACUGCGCUGGAUGAAGAAGGCUUGGUGCCAUAUAAUGAUUUCUUGGACCGAUACAACACGAAAGGAGCGAUUCGACGUACGUCGAGUAAUGGAAAUACUGACCCGGAGCGCGAGAAGCAGCGCAGUGCAUUUAAUUCGCUGUACCGUCACCGUUCACGACUUGAAGCUCUUUUCCGCGUGCUAGAUCGUGAUGGAAACGGUACUAUAUCUGUCGAUGAGUUGGAGAAUGGUAUAAAGUUGCUGAAUGAACAUUUGCCUCCUGGAACGAAACCGUUUAGUACCAAUGGCAUGGACUACAUGCGAAUGAUGGACUUUAGCCAUGACAACGAAAUUAACAUAAACGAAUUUAUGGAGGGCUUUCGCAUUCAUGCAACGCUCACUGCUCACGCAAAAUGGAAACGUGCGCGCAAGAAAAUAAAGGCACUCAGUGCUAUAGGUGCUUUACGUGGGCUGUCGCUUCCUAGUACUGCGACAGCCGGUGCUUCGGGUGAGUCGGGUAUAGCUGGUUUAAUGGACGAAACAGAUGAGCUCGUGGGAAAAGCUGAUCCUCAUUCGCCAGUGUCGGAGCUCAUGACAGUGCCAAAUGCAGCUGCACCACCGAUGCUUACUCAACACGGAAGCGUUCAGAUCAUUUCACCAUCCGCCACAAUGUUGGCACCAUUGUCUUUAGACGAGGACGAAGUUGAAUUCAAUGAAGCUGCUGCAAUGGUUAAGGAUGGAUUCAAGUAA